AAUGAAAUCACGUCGAUGGACACUGUGAGGGCUCUCUUCGUACGUUCAUUUCCCAAGCAAUUGACCAUGGAGUAUCUCGACUCUCCACACAUCCGAGUCUACAUCCACGACCCUGCCAAAGAUAUGUUCUACGAGCUCGAAGAUCUCAGAGACAUUCGUGAUCGAUCUGUCUUGAGAAUCUACGAACAAGACGUCAAUGGUGGCGGUGUUUAUAGCACUUACGAUCAAGAUCUCAGUUAUUUCUCUGAACCCGAAUUCGAUUCCGAGUAUCAGCAUCAGCACAUUCACAGAAGCAAGGCUUCCAAAGCUCCUCUGCCGCCUGCCAUAGGGUAUUACGGGACUCUGCCGACGCAGUAUCUACCUGCUAAUCGAACACAGACGCUGCCACACAGUGCUUCGAUGAGAACCUAUUCCCCUAGCCAUGCAGCCGACAGAGGAAAAUCACAGACCUUACCCCCAGGAGGAGGUGGAACACAGCCUCCCCCAAAGCCUCAGCGCUCUUUCCAACAGACGCUGACACCGUUGGGCAAGACUGUUCGUUCAACUCCUCCACCCACUGGGCCUCCUCCUUCGAUUCCUUCACCCAGAUCUGGUCAACCGCGACCUCUGGUUCCCGUUGGUUCUACGAUACCAAUGUCACCAGAGAGAAGGCACGAACCCCUCGGUUCGUAUCGCACUCCCCCGGACCGUCCAUACUCUGUGGCUGGGCAAGCAACAUAUCACAUCUCGCCAGAACGACGAUACGACCCACCUUACCAUUCCUCUCCAGAACGACGCUCACAACAGGAGUCGGGCUACCUGUCAUCACCUGAAAGGCGCGUGGACCACCAGCGAUCAUUCUCUGGCUACUCCACAAGCUCUUCAUAUGAGGAAUCUUUGUACGGUGGAAGCAUUUACGGGACGCGAUCGGGUAGUGUUACUCCUGUCAUCGAUGAAGAGGCUAGGUUAAGGAUGGAGUAUAUGGAGAGGCAAUUAGCUAGUUUGACUGGACUUGUGCAAAAAGCACUCACAACUGGACCACCAAAUAAAGUACCAACCCCACAGCAGCAGGCACUUCAGCAAAUACCAACUCGAGAUUGUGAUCCAGGCAAGAACAAUACUAAAGUUCAUCUUACUCCUGAAAUGUAUGUUCAAUUAAGACAUUUAAGGAAGCAGACCAAAGAUCUUCGCCUUGAGGUACGCAAUCUUCGACGAAUUGCACAAGCACAGUCAGUUACAGCAAGAGACACAGUGAGGGAAACCUGUAUCAAAAUUAAGUCUAUGUUAGCAUCAGCUCAAGCAGGAGAAGACCAAGUAUGUGCCGAGAGAUUAAGAGUUUCUCGGGAGGAAGAUCUAUAUAGACAAGAUGUAACAACAUUAGAAAAAGAUCUAACAGAAUUAGAAACUCAAGUAGAAGAAUUAAGAAGCAACGUAAUCAAUCGCAAGUGCCGAGUAAAUAUGAGUGAUGUUGAAGGCAUGGCCUUGGUACUAAGUAGAGCUAGCAAAACAGUGGCAGAUUUAAAAGCCCGAUUUCCUAAUUUACAAGAUAGUCUUAAAUCAGUAAUGGCAGCAGAAAUGGAAGUUGUGGUAAGAGAAGAAAAGUUUUUGAAAGAGGAGCCUGAUAGAUUAGAAACAGCACUUCGCAGAUGUAAAAAAUUAACAGGAACACUAGUAACAUUAAAGCGCUUGGCAUCUGUACAGGAGCAGCGCAACACUGGUGCUCACCCUCCCCCCGAGAAGUCAUCAUCCUCUGAAGGGAACCAUUCAGAUGGGGAAGUCCAAAACAUAAAGACAUUUGCUUCCGAUCCCCACACUGUGAUACAUGUUCCACCUGGCGGCCAUCAGAGGGCAUCUGAAAAUGCUUUGGAUGCAUUGCUUGAUGAAUUACAGACUUUUACUAAACCACUCGAGCAACCUCGGGACAAUAUUCCAGGGCUCUUAGGCCCUCAAAGACGUUUACCGUCGUAUCCAAGUGCUGAAUCUCCUGUGCGCAGCCCAGCUAGAUCUUUUGCUCCAUCUAUUCCAGGCCAACCAGAAGUUACAUCUUCAGGAAACAGUGCUUUCAGAGCUCCAGCCACAAUAACGAGUAAAUUACAAGUAAAUGAAUCUGGGCAACAGCGUACUGUAAUGUCCCCAUCACAUUCACCAGUUCCUGAUUCCAAAAAACCUCAAGACAUGAUAAUUAGGGUUGCUGUUAAUCCUGGUGGGAACACCAAACAAACGCUAAUUGAUGGGGUUGAAGGAACAAUAACUACAAACCCUGUUGCUCAUAAAAAAGCACCACCUCCGCCGCCUCCAAGAACAACAAGUCGAUCUCCUAUGACUUCGCCAACUACCGAUAAUCAAGACAGUGUGCCUGGAAGUCCAAGAGAUGUGGUGUUUAGUCAACUGAGAAGUAAUUCGGCACCUGCUGGAGAAACGGACAAUAGCAUAAAACGAAUGGCGGCACCCAGAUCCGUUUCAAAGGAUGAAGGUACAGCUCAAAAAGAAAAGGAAGACGAAGAACUUCUGAGAACCAGUGCUAUUUCUGAUGAAGCUCUUCGCAGAGAUCAGUUAUCUAGCAAUAGUAGCAGUAGUGAGAGUGUGAACUCCCAAGAAGGUCUUCAAGUAUCUCAGACUGGCAGUGGUUUGUCUCCAGUUGGAAAGCUUGAAAGAAAAUCUUCUAGUGGUAGUUCUCAUGGUACUCCACCAGAGGGUGGGACUCCUAAUAAAGAUUCCAAAAAGCUAGGCCCUCCAACUCCGCCUCGUUCUAGAACAGAAGUGCUAGAGCAGAGACAUCAAGAACUACUACGCAAACAAAAACAUCUUCAAGAUCAAUACUCACGCUUGCAACAACUGCAGAGAAGCCAGCUGCUACAACGUUUCUCUCCUCCUCGUUCUGCAGCAUCUACGCCAAUACUGAAUGAUCUCAAAAAAACAGGUAGUGAGAGUAAUAUACUAUCAAAAUCCUCUUUUUCAUUAACGCCCUCAUCUGGCUCUCUAACGCAUCUGGCUGGCACUGCAGUUACAUUUACAACUAAGCAAGAAACUAAACCUUCAACUGUCAUUACUACUACUUCAGCUACUUCAAAAGCACCAGCUGUGCCUGCCAAACCAUCCACAACACAGCUGCUUAAGAAUAAAAUAUAUGAAACUGAUAUCUUGUGAGAACUUUAAUAGAUUUAUGAAAAUAUUUCUCCCUUUUCUAUGAAAGAAUUUGUGACGAAUAUAAAUAUGGUUGAUAUUAAGCUGUUAUAUGAAAAGAAAUUUAGGCGGAUGAAACUUGUUUGAAUCGUUGGGAGGUUUGUAUAUUAAUUGCACUAAACUAAAUGUUGUUGUCUUUUGCUCUGUUUUAGCAGCAUAUCUCAUUAUUCGCUUAUGGCUCUGCGUAUUGAGCAUGUUUAUAUAUCUCAGUUAUUUGUCAAAGUUAUCUGCUGGUGCUGCUUCAGUCAAAAACAUAGUUAUGCUUUUGAAAUCCCUAGGCUCCAUGUUCAGUAGAAUCUAGAGCAUGAUUAUAGUGUAUAUCAGAUGUGGUUAAAAAUAUUUAUCAUGUUAAUAUAUUUGAUGAAAAAAGUUGUUUUGGAAUGCUAGGGACCCAUAUAUAAGCAUCUGUAUAAAGUAAUGUUUCAUAAGGUUUGUUCUCCAAAGAUGUUUAAUGAAUGAAAUUUUUUUAUUGAGUAUUUGUAAAUUGUUGAAAAAGGAAAUGGUCAAACUGAGUGGCCAACUUUUUUUUUUCUUUUGCUACUGUGGUGCCGUGUAUAAAAUAGUCAUGUUUUCACUGCUACAGUGAAUUGAAUGAAUCUAGUGAUGACUUUAUUAUUAGUUUUGUGUUCUUGUUCAUUCCAUGAGUAUGAUUGCUAUCAUUGGUGUGUUUUUACAUUUUUAGUGCAACCAAAUAUUGUCGAAUACAUAGUAGAUUUUACUGAUAACUGUACAAUUUCAGGAAAAUGUAUUGUGUACGUAUUUAGUCAAGAAGAAACUACAGUGUUAUAUUUCUGUGCUGGUGAAACAUUUGAGUAACAAAAGCAGUUCAAAAAAAUCAUUCAAACAAUAUAUCCAUUAUUUUAUAAGAAAGUUAUUUUGAUGUACUUAGAAUAAUAACAAACUAAGUUUAUUUUAUUUAGAAUUUUGUAGUUCUAUUAGCUGCAUUUAGAAGUUUAAUUUCAUUUCAUUUAUUAUGAGUCAUCGAUUCUGACAUGAAAGAUGCGCUGUGUAAUAUUCAAAAAUGAUAAAAGAUUGUUUUAAAAAAAGGUUGGGAUACAGAGCGUUUUGUACAUUGAGAGCAAAUAAUACAAAAUCCUUAUUACUUCCUUAAAAAAUGUUGUUUGAAUUUUCAUUUAAAAAUCUCUUUGAAACACAGCUGCUACCAAAAAGAUUAGGGUUAAUUGC